AUGGCGCCCGCGAACGACGAGAGUGACUCGUCGACGCCGACUCGCAGCCCGCCCCUAGAAGCGAUGGACAAGAUAAACGGCCUCAAGAAGCAUGAAAAGCAUACCUCUGAAGGGUUCUCCUCUCCUAGCGAGGACAACCCAACCGGCGUUCCCGCAGUCGACGGUACCGACGAAAAUCACCUCAUACCGCAAACCCUCUCCGGCUUGCGCCUCAUGGCUUUGUCAAUAGGCGUCGCCCUCGGCCUCUUCCUGUCGAUGCUGGACACGUCCAUCGUCGCGACCUCGCUCUUCGCCAUCGCCGCCGAGUUUGGGGAAGAUAGCGGCGGCGGCGACGGCGACGUCGGCGCCCUCAACUGGGUUGCCCUGGCAUACGAGCUGUCCUACCUGGGCUGCGCCGUGCUGUGCGCCCGCAUGUCCGACGUCGUCGGCCGCCGAGCCGCGUUCGCGGCCGCCUACGUCGUCUUCGUCGCCUCCUCGCUGGCCUGCGGCUUCGCCCGCUCCAUGGACCAGCUGGUCGCUUUUCGGGCGGUCCAGGGCUUGGGGGGCAGUGCGUGUCGAUGA